AUGCCACAUGUUGCGUGGGAGAAUCGGGCUGCCGCCAAAAGAGCGACUGUGCUGAAAGCAAUCCCCUCUGCAUGGCUCGUCCCCCUGGAUCAAAUACCCUUGGGAGACGAUAGCUCAUCUGUCCUUGACCUGCCAGCGAAGUAUCUCUCGCCGGAUGAGAUCACCUUCACCGAAACCCCCCCAAUGGACACUUUAGCCCACAUCCACGCUGGCAUCUGGAGUUGCGAGGAUGUUGUCCGUGCUUACUGUCACAGGGCUGCGCUUUGUCAUCAAUUUGUGAACUGCCUGACGGAAGUGCUAUUCGAAGAGGCCAUCAACAGUGCGCGCCAGCUGGACAAGUAUCGUCGUGACACAGGCGGUCUGAAGGGCCCACUGCAUGGCUUACCAGUCAGUUUCAUGGACCGCUUUCGUGUAGCGGGUACAGAGACAGCCGCCGGCUUUAUCUCCUGGCUCGGGCCUAAGGAAACGGACGCCACCGAAUCUCUGAUUGUCCGACAUAUGCGGGCGCUGGGUGCAAUCCCCUUCUGUAAGACGAAUGUGCCUCAAAGCAUGAUGUUAGCAGAAACAGCAAACAACAUACACGGCCGUACCAUUAACCCUUAUUCAAGACUUUUAUCCAGCGGUGGCGCUGCAGGAGGAGAAGGGGCAUUAUUGGCAUUGAAAGGCUCUCCCAUCGGCUGGGCCACUGAAUUUGCGGGCUCAGCUCGUAUCCCCGCUGCAUUCAGCAGUCUGUUCAGCCUCAAAGUUUCUUCUGGUCGCCUGCCAUCCCUUGGAGUCGCUUCCAGCGAGACGAGUCUCCCUUUGAGAAACUCGACAAUUGCCAUGUUGUCCUGGAGUUUCAGUUUACUGCAUUACAUCGCAAGGCUGUCGCUUGGGUCUACUGCGUUUGAAGAAGACCCUGCCUGGAUCGACAUGCCGUGGAGAGAAGCAAAAGUCAGAGAGUUGACGUUGAGGCGCCCAACUUUUGCCGUACUAGAGUGCGACGGCCAUAUCCAGCCUCAACCCCCCGUGAGGCGGGCUCUACGAUCAAUCAUCCAGGGCUUGAGGCGAGCCAACUACCAGGUCAUUGAAUGGCAGCCUCCAUCUCAUGCGGCUCUGGUUGAGACGUACUUUAAGAUAAUUGGCGCUGAUGGUGCGCAGGCCACCAGGCAACAUAUCAAAUCAAGCGGAGAACCGCCCGUCCCUACUCUGAGGGAUUGGUAUUUCCACCAACCCACUCAACCAUUGUCCCUUUCCGAGUAUCUGGCCCUUAUGAAAUCGCUAGAAAUGUAUCAAACAGAGUAUCAGAGGUAUUGGAAAUCCACCAGCCAAAGUACUAUCACCAAACUCCCAGUGGACGGAGUGAUCAUGCCCGUCUGUGCGGACGCCGCUUGCUGCAAGAACAAAUUGACGUAUUACGGAUACAGUGCCAUAGUAAACUUACUCGACUUUGCCGCAGUCUCGUUCCCAGCCGGAUUCGUCGAUAGAUAUCUAGACCUAAAGCCCGAUAUCUUUGUCCCCCUCAACGACAGCUUUGCGUUCCACGGAGCUCCUAUUGGUCUUCAACUGAUGACUCGCAGGACUGAGGAAGAGAAAGCGCUGAAGUUGGUGGAAAUUAUCCUUCAAACACAGUCACACUCGCCGAUGCCUGAUUGA